AAUUUUGUGACAAUAAUUAUAAACCAAGCAAAGUAUACGACGCUCCCUUGUCCUCUCUGCUUCUCUUCUCUGGUUUCUCAUCUCCGCCGGCCAUCCUUAAACCUUUUUCAUUUUCUUCAGAUUUCCUAAUAUCUCCAAAUUCAAUUCAGAUUCACUCUCCUAGAUUUUUUCCCUCUUUUCUUCACCUGCUUUUGGACUGGAACACUUUCAUACGUCUGCGCACCGACAAAAUCUGAUCUAAACUUCAGACGCACCUUCAAUUCGUCUCCUUCUGCCUCUUUCAUGAACUGGAUCGAUCCGAUUAUGCGUAUCGGUUGGUGGGGUUUAUAUGGAUUUACGGUUGAUUAGCGGGUGUUUAUAAGAUUCUAUUGGGUUGAAAUAAAUUGCUAUUUUUCAUUUUGAAAUGGUAUAUUUUCAUUGCUCAAUCUCGGUCUGCAACUCCGUUGACCACCCACCGACCAAGAUCAUGGCAAACUCUGUGAACUCAGCUGAUUUUUAUCCAAAACCAAGGCUCAACAAUCAUCUACACAGAACCAAGAAGGCACCCAAUUCAACAAACUGCUUGAAAAUCCCCGCUUGCCACCGAUUUCGAUCCGCAGCAAUUGAUGUUUUGAUGUUGAUUGCGGUGAUUGGUGCUUGUGGGUUCUUGUUGUUUCCUUACAUCAAAUUCGUGGCUGUGAAACUGACUGAAGUUUUUGGUGCAAUUAUGUAUCUCCUCCGAGAAGAAAUGGGGCGAGCUCCAUUGAUAUAUGGAUCUAUAGCGCUUAGUAUCUCUUCUGCCGUGUUGGCUGUAUGGGCCAUACUUGUCUGCACUAGCAGGAAGUGUGGGAAUCCAAACUGCAAGGGGCUAAGAAAAGCAGCUGAGUUUGAUAUUCAGUUAGAGACAGAAGAGUGUGUAAGGAACUCGAAUAUGAAAGACGGCGGUGUCAAAAGGGGCUUGUUUGAAUUGCAUCGUGAUCACCAUAGAGAGCUGGAAGCAGAACUCAAGAAGAUGGCACCGCCUAAUGGGCGUGCUGUACUGGUUUUUAAAGCAAGGUGCGGUUGUUCUGUAGGAAGAUUGGAGGUGCUGGGACCCAAGAAGCAGCAAAGGAAAAUCAAGAAGUAGGAUUAGUUUCUUCAUGUUUGGUAAUCGAUAGAGAGGGUUAAGUGAAUACAGGAGUAGUCAUAAAGCAGAGAGGAGGGUGCCUUUCUGGUUAGUUUUAUGAGAAUUAUGCUUUGUUUAAAUAAACUUUCAUGUCAAUAAAUUUGUAAGGACCAUACACAGCUUCUUAUAGUGGGGAAUAUAACAAUACUUUCUUUCAAUUA